CCGAAAAUGACGAUGAAUUUAUGGACUCCCAAUCUGACUGUGGCUACACUGGUGGUUGAUUCAGAGAGCGAGUGGUCGGAUGGUGAGAGCCUCUGUGAGCUUGAAGGAGAUGGGUUGGAGGAAAAUCUGGCUGCCCUCAAAGCCGAGGUUGAUGCGCUUCAGCAGCCUGCUGGUUUCAAGUUUGAGAAGAUCAUGGAGGAAAAGACCACUACAGAGUGGAAGAAAGCUGAGCAGAUCAGGGCACUUGGAUACAACGGGCACUCGGAUAGGACGAAACGAAGGUACAACAAGAUCGCAAGAGAUCUUGCUGACUACCGAGAAAAAAGACAAACUUCACAUCCUGCAGAGAUGAUCCACAAGUCUUGCUGAUGCGGAACAUGUUUGUUCACCCAAACAGCAGUGCACCCACCAUCCAACAACACUCCCCAGGCCUGGCGUCACAUGGUGCAGCGGCUGAACUGCGCAGCCACCAGCUUCGUUACCUCUCUGACGACUCUGACUCAGAGUCGGAACCACCAGCAGACAACUCUGAAUCAGCUGUGCCAGCCUUGAAGCGACGCAGGGUUGACGUGCUGCACUGUGAGCA